UUUCGAUCACCACCUGCCGCUCAAGCUGCAAUCGUUUCGCUUCACGUCGAAACCUUGUAGUAGACAUUCGAAGUCCUGUGGCUGAAAGCUUUUGGGCUGCCCUCCAUCGUUCUCGUUCUAAACGAUCGCAAAACAAAAAACCGCCACCAUUCCUUCUCAACUAGGAAUCUACGCAUGUCUUGUUCUUACAAGAUAUCCCUGGUCCAGAAUCCUCCCCGCUUAAUAUAACCACAACAAUCAGUCUUCCUGAAGAUUUUUAUCAACCUCAACCGUCAUCAUGGCUACUGUCAACAUUCGUCGGGAUGUCUCCGAUCCCUUCUACCGCUACAAGAUGGAGCGCCUGCAGUCGAAGAUCGAGGGCAAGGGCAACGGUAUUAAGACCGUCGUUGUCAACUUGAACUCGGUCGCUCAGUCUCUGGCUCGGCCUCCCGCUUAUGUCAUCAAGUACUUCGGCUUCGAGCUCGGUGCUCAGGCCAACGCUAAGCCGACCGAUGACCGCUGGAUCAUCAACGGUGCUCAUGAUGCCCCCAAGCUUCAGGACUAUCUCGAUGGCUUCAUCUCCAAGUUCGUGCUCUGCAAGAAGUGCAAGAAUCCGGAAACGGAUGUCAACAUCAAGGACGAGAAGAUCUUCUUGGAUUGCAAGGCCUGUGGUCAACGUUCCGAGGUCGACUCUCGUCUCAAGCUGAGCACCUUCAUCCUGCGUGAUGUCGCCUCGGGCAAGGGAGGAAAGAAGGACAAGGCUUCGAAGAAGGAUCGCCGCGAUCGUAAGAAGGAGAAGAACAAGGCAGCCAACGGUGACAGCAAUGGCAGCCCCGGAGACAGCAACUCCGACAACGGCGAUGAGGAGAGCCCCGAUGCCGCCCUGGAAGCAGGAAGCGACGACGAGCUCACCCGCCGCAUCAAGGCUCAGGCCCAGAAAAUUGAGGCCGAGGAUGAAAUUGAUGACGAUGACUGGGCGGUCGACGUCUCCGAGGAGGCCGUCAAGGCUCGUGCCAAGGAGCUCCCCGAUGAUCUCAAGCGCACCCUCGUUCUGGAGGAUGCCGACGAGGACGGUGCCGAUGGCCCGUCCGCCUACGAUGAGCUUGGUAGCUGGAUCAUCGACGCUGCUGCUCAGAAGGGUGGCGUCACUGGUGUCAGCGAUGUCGACAUCUACAUGAAGGCCAAGGAGUAUGGCAUCGAGAGCAAGCACAAGACUCUGGCCGUUCUCGCCCAAACCAUCUUCGACGACAAGAUCGUUAAGCAAAUCCCCGCCCGUGCCGGUCUUCUCAAGAAGAUGAUCACUUCCGAGCGUCACGAGAAGGCUUUCCUGGGUGGAACCGAGCGCUUCGUCGGCAAGGACCGCCCCGAGCUGAUCGGGCAGAUUCCUGCCAUUCUGCUCAAGUACUACGAGCACGACCUCAUCUCUGAGGACACCCUCAAGGCUUGGGGUUCCAAGGCUAGCAAGAAGUACGUCGACAUCUCGACCAGCAAGAAGGUCCGCAAGGCCGCUGAGCCCUUCCUCGAGUGGCUUGAAAACGCCGAGAGCGAGGAGGAGAGCGAGGAAGACGAUGAGUAGACUGUCGCCAGCUUGCUGGUUUCUAGUUCUAGAUGAUCGCUUUCGGGAAUUCUUCCACCUGUUGUCUCUUCGCUUAUUGUUUUUCUCACCGACUCCACUCAUUUGAUGCGUAUACUCGGUUUUGACCCGCUGUUGCUUGAGUUUGUUGUCUGAGAGGUUUACACAAGACGAGAACAUAUUAGUUAGCUACCAAUAAACUUCUCUGCUCUAUA